UGCUCUUUUUGUAAAUUUUGUUGAGAAGUUGGUCUGUUCUUUUCUUCAAAGGCCAAAACCUCUUCUUUCCUCUCUAGGGUUUUGCCGUUGGUCUAAUAUAUAAUAAAGUGCGUACGGAUCGAUCGGAUUUUGUAGAGAAGAGCACCAGCUUGUGCAUUUGUUGGAAACAUGGCGUUCUCUUCUCUCCUUGGAUCUGCACGGUCCCCUGUCAUCGAUGCUGACGCCUUCCGUCCGUCCUAUCGAUCCAUGGUAUCAUCCCGUGGGCUGAGUAGCAAUAUUAACUCUGUGAAGUUCCAGUCUAGCAUCUUUGGAGCUAAUAUUUCUGUGGAUUCGUCUUCUUUAUGGAUGACUGCUACCCGUGGUUCUCAACCUAUUAAAGCAACAGCAACAGAAAUGCCACCAACCAUUCCAAAGUCAAGAAGCAGUGGCAAAGCAAAAGUUGGAAUCAAUGGGUUUGGACGUAUUGGACGGUUGGUUCUUCGAAUAGCAACUUUCAGGGAUGAUAUAGAUGUGGUAGCUGUCAAUGAUCCUUUUAUCGAUGCUAAGUACAUGGCUUACAUGUUUAAGUAUGACUCCACUCAUGGACCCUACAAGGGAACCAUCAAUGUUGUAGAUGAAUCCACUUUGGAAAUCAAUGGGAAGCAAAUUAAAAUUAUCAGCAAAAGAGACCCAGCAGAGAUUCCUUGGGGUGAUUAUGGGGCUGACUAUGUAGUUGAAUCUUCUGGCGUUUUUACUACCAUUGACAAGGCCUCAGCACAUAAAAAGGGUGGUGCAAAGAAGGUUGUAGUGUCAGCUCCAUCUGCUGAUGCACCUAUGUUUGUUGUUGGAGUAAAUGAGAAAAGCUACAAGCCAAGCAUGGACAUUGUUUCCAAUGCUAGCUGUACCACCAAUUGCCUUGCUCCUUUGGCCAAGGUGGUUCACGAGGAGUUUGGUAUCUUAGAGGGUUUAAUGACGACUGUCCAUGCAACGACAGCCACACAAAAGACAGUUGAUGGUCCAUCAAAGAAGGACUGGAGGGGUGGCCGUGGGGCUGGCCAGAACAUCAUCCCAAGUUCUACUGGUGCAGCAAAGGCUGUUGGAAAAGUACUUCCAGAACUCAACGGCAAGCUCACUGGAAUGGCUUUCCGUGUCCCAACCCCUAAUGUCUCUGUUGUAGACCUAACUUGUCGACUUGAGAAGAGUGCUUCUUAUGAAGAUGUUAAAGCAGCCAUUAAGUAUGCAUCAGAAGGUCCAUUGAAAGGCAUCCUUGGAUACACCGAUGAAGAUGUUGUCUCCAGUGAUUUUGUUGGUGAUUCAAGGUCGAGCAUAUUUGAUGCAAAGGCUGGGAUCGGUCUUAGUGCUUCCUUCAUGAAGCUUGUUUCUUGGUAUGAUAACGAGUGGGGUUACAGUAACCGAGUGUUGGACCUGAUUGAGCACAUGGCUUUGGUGGCUGCCACCAAGUAGAGAAAUUUCUGCUGCUAUUUCCUGCAGUAUUUUUUUUUUUUUUUUGCAAGCAUUUUGGAUGAGAGAGUAGUGUGCUUCUUGUUUUUAGGUUGAAUUUGCUGUGAUCCCGUUUAGUAUUUGUAGCUGCGAUGUGAGAAUAAUGUAUCACGACUUGUAAGAACUCGUUUGGAAAUACCACUUGGCUAAUACGUUGUCUGGUGCUUGGGCAUUUAUUCUGCCA